CUUCCCUUUAGGAAAUAGCAUUUACCCUUUAGGCACUUCCACCUUCACAUCAGCAAUGGUCCGCGCCUUCGGCAGGGAAAUUUGCAUCCCCGGAAUACCUCCGCAGCUAGGGAUUAACAUAACAGCCAGCAAAUGGUUUGAAAGCCAGUGUCGGAGGGCUUUCAAUGAGUGCGACGUGGACCGAGACGGAUCGCUCGACACCAAGGAGUUCUACAUCGGCCUGCUCAAGCUGUACGACCUGAUCAACAGGAGGCUGCCGUAUCACGUGCGCAUACCCUCCAUCGAGGAGGUCAACGAGCUGAUUGAGCGGUACGACACCAACACCAACGGCCGCCUGGAGUUCAGCGAGUUCCUGUCCUGCUGCCGCGGCCUGAUCGGCAGCCGCCACGACUGGCGCGACUCGCUGUUUCUCAAGAUAGGCCUGGCGGUGUUUAUGAAGGCGCUGGGCUUCCCCUACCUAGCGGGCCUGCUGAAGCGCGGCUGCCAGGAGCUGGGCAUCAAGCAGGUCAAGG